AUGGGCUCACCAAUAUCAGGACUUCUGGCCGAACUAGUUUUGCAGCGACUAGAAGAGAUAGUCUUCCAAACUAUCCAGCCUAAACUAUGGCUUCGUUACGUUGAUGACACCUUUGUCAUAAUAAAGAAGUGCGAAGUCGAACGUCUUCACCAGAGACUGAAUGGCGUCUUCCCAGCCCUACAGUUUACCCGCGAAGAGGCAAUUGGAGACAGCUUGCCGUUUCUGGAUGUGAGAAUACAGAAGUUGAGCGAUGGUGCCCUGGCAACGAGCGUCCAUAGGAAAGACUCUAACUCUGAAAUUAUCCUCAACUAUGGAAGCAACCACCCCGCAGCUCACAAAAGAAGCUGCGUCCGAACUCUGUUCCAGCGGGCCUACCGUUAUUGUAACAACAACGAUCUCCUGAACAAAGAGCUUGCUCACCUGUAUCGGUUAUUCCGCUCUAACGGAUAUCCGAUCAGUUUUGUUAAGAACUGUUUCAGGCACCAGACACAGCCGCAAGACCCCACCCCCAACGGAGAGAUUGUGACGCGAAAAUUCUACUCCUUGCCAUAUAUGCGUGGAACUUCCGAAAUAAUCGCUCGGCAGUUCAGCCGCCUGGGUAUUCGCGUUGCCCACAAACCGGCAUCUUCACUACGCGCAGCAAUAUCUCGAGUGAAGGACCCCCUCCCCAAAGAGCAACAAACGAAUGUAAUUUAUCGCAUCCCGUGUGGUAAUUGCUCUUGCGUGUAUGUUGGCCAUACAGGUCGAUGCCUGGGCACCCGUAUCAACGAACACAAACUAGCUAUCCGUCGGCGAGACCCCCUGUCCCUCGUCUUUGCCCAUGCACUCGAGUACGACCACCGAUUCAAUUGGGAUGGCACCGAGGUCGUCGCCAUGGCUAACACAAAGCGAGCGAGGGAAUUUCUCGAGGCUUGGUACUCCGAUGCGGGUAGUAUCAACCGCCACGUUGAUUUAGAUGCCCAUUAA